AUCAUGAACAGAUGCUACACUGGUUCUUCUAGGACCACCAUCUUCCUCCCUCCUCCUCAUCCACCACCACCACCACCACCACCAUCACCAUCACCACAUCUUAGUCAUGUUGAGAGUUUAGGUUGGAGGAAAUCCAGUCGGAUUCAAGUGUUUAAUUAAUGAACUUUAUGAAGAUGAAGAAAGAAGAUAUUGCUCGAGGGCUAAAGUUUGGUGGUUCUCAAAAGAAGGACGAUGUCGUUGUAGUUCGUGUGGGAAGUAAAGUUUUGCCAGUCAACUACGAGUCAACUACAACUUUGUCAUCCUCGAAGAACGCAAACCUGAGUCUUGAUCUGAAGAAAGAAAAGGGAGAAAAAAUAAAAACAAUUUCUAAAAUGAAAUUAGAGUUGUUGAGAUGGGCUGCUGCUGCAAAAUCUGACAAGGGUGGGAAAUACAUAGCUCGAAAGGUAUCGCAGUUUAGAAACAAAACGACAGUUAAAACUUUACAAAAUGACGAUCAAAUGACCGAUGACUCUCCAAAGAUUAGUUUCAGAUGGGAAGUCGAGAGUUGUUCUACAUUUUCUUCUGCAUUGUCUUCGAAUAGGAAUGACGAAAAGGUUAACAUUGAAACUCAUUCUGACCCCGAUGGCAAAUCGAGCUCUGUAAGCCUGAGAUCAACAGGAUCAGGAAGCUGGAUCACAACCGAUUCAGACUAUUCGAUAUUGCACUUGGAAAAGUCAGUCAGUCAUGAAUUCAGUUUAUCUGAUAUGACUUUUUUGUGUGUUUCUGCAACAGUCGUGGUCUUAGAACUUUGAAGAUGGUAUUUUUGAGGAUGAAGCCUUUCUCAACUUUUAAAAGAACUGCACGUGAAAAUCUGAUCAUGGAUGAUCAGAAUAGUGUUUUAAGACACGUAUUCUGAUUCUGAAAGCUUCGUGUACAUCCUUUAUGUUUCAAGAUAGAAGACUUUAGGUGUUUGUUGUAUUAAUGCAAGAUUUAAUUAAUCAGUGACUAAUUAUUUUUCUGGUCUUUUUGUUAUGGUUACCUUUCAAGAAACAGUAAUGCAGUACUUCAUCUUUGGUUUA